AUGCCAUUCAAUCGUCUUGUCCGUUUCGUUCCUCGAGGGCAGCAAAACUCCAUUCUCAUUGGAGAGCCCUUAGACUUCGAUAUCGAUGUCGGCAAAGAAGUCAGAAAUGGCCACGAUGUUAAAGUAAAAGUUUUUAGUGGCACUUCGGUUUUGGAUGCUGGUUCAGAAACAGGUGUCAUCGAAUCUAUCGAUCGCAUUUUAUCCCCACUAGUCAUGUCUGAAGUUGGCACUAUUCGGUGCAUUGGUUUAAAUUACGCAAAGCAUGCGAAAGAGGCCAAUCUUGCACUACCUUCUGUACCAGUUGUAUUCCUAAAGCCAGCAACAUCUCUAGCUGACCCAUGGCCUGCCUCGACUAUUAUCCCUUCAUUCUCACUCGCCGACGACACGGCUGAUUAUGAGUCCGAGCUAUGCGUAGUAAUCGGCAAGGCUGCUAAAAAUGUGAGCGAAGAUGAUGCACUUUCCUACGUUCUGGGAUACACUGCAUCGAAUGACAUUUCGGCUCGAAAAAGCCAAUUUGAGCAAUCGCAGUGGUGUUUCAGUAAAGGCUUUGAUACGUCCUGCCCUAUCGGCCCUACACUAGUUUCUCCAUCUGUUAUACCAGAUCCAAGCAAACUUCACAUCCGUGGGCUCAAAAAUGGCAAGGUUAUGCAAGAUUCACCACUCAGUGAUUUGAUAUUCACCAUCCCCGCACUUGUCAGCUGGUUAUCUCGGGGAACAACGCUGCCUGCUGGUACAAUCAUCCUCACAGGAACGCCAUCGGGCAUUGGUAUGGCGAUGGAGCCAACUGAGUAUUUACAUGAAGGCGAUGAGUUUACAGUUGAGAUUCUGCCUCAUAUUGGGAGUCUCUAUUCUUCAAUUAAAAAUGAAUAG